UUCUAAUCACUCUUUUAAUCCGUGUGCAACUGACGACCUUUGACCCAGGCACAUCUCCAGCUGAUCCAGCCCGCGGGGGCUUCUGCUGUCUAGAAGAGGAGGAAGAAGGCGAGAGAGAGAGAGAGAGUGGGUGGUGGUGGUGGUGGCUGGGGCCAUGGAAGGCAUUGCCGAUCUGUGGGAACCCUUGGUUUCCUACUUGGAUCAAGCUUCCGAUUUCUUCCUCUCCACCCUGAGCAGGGCGGCGCCGGUAUGGACGGCGGUGAGGGUCGCGGUGCUGGUGCCGCUGAUGAAGGCGGCGGUGGUGCUGUGCUUGGUCAUGUCGGUGAUCCUUGUCGUCGAGAAGCUGUCGAUGGCGCUCGUCGCCCUCUAUGUGAAGGUCUUCGGACGGACGCCGGAGAAGGUGUACAAGUGGGAAGAGAUUCCGCAGGAUUCGGAGCUCGGCUCACUGCCCUACCCCAUGGUCUUGGUCCAGAUCCCCAUGUUCAAUGAGCGAGAGGUCUAUCAAAUUUCAAUUGGAGCGGUUUGCACACUUGCAUGGCCAAAUGACAAACUCAUAAUACAAGUUCUUGAUGAUUCGACAGACAUCACAAUUAGGGAAUUAGUGCAAGAAGAAUGUGGGAAGUGGCAUAGAAAAGGUCGGAACAUACACUAUAUAUCUAGAGACAAUCGAAAUGGAUACAAGGCUGGGGCUCUAAAAGAAGCAAUGGAACUUGACUAUGUGAAGAAAUGUGAUUAUGUGGCAAUAUUUGAUGCAGAUCAUGAGCCCCCAACUGAUUUCCUUUUAAGAUCUGUUCCUUUCCUCAUGCACAAUCGUGAUAUUGCACUCGCUCAAGCACGGUGGAAAUUUGUGAAUGCCAAUGAAUGCAUAAUGACAAGAAUACAAGAAAUGUCAUUGAACUACCAUUUUAAAGUGGAGCAACAAUCUGGUUCAUCAACUAUGGCAUUCUUUGGAUUUAAUGGAACUGCUGGUGUGUGGAGAAUUAUAGCUAUUAAUGAUGCUGAAGGUUGGAAAGAGCGAACUACUGUUGAAGAUAUGGACUUAGCAGUUAGAGCAACUCUUCGAGGCUGGAAGUUUUUAUACAUUGGGGACCUCAAGGUUAAAAGUGAGUUACCAAGCAAUUAUAAAGCCUAUCGGUAUCAGCAACAUCGUUGGGCAUGUGGGCCAGCAAAUUUGUUUAAGAAAAUGGCAUUAGAUAUUAUAAUGGCCAAGGAAGUGCCGUUAAUGAAGAAAUUAUUUUUGCUCUACAACUUCUUCUUUGCGAGAAGGAUAGUAUCUCACAAUGUGACUUUCUUCUUCUACUGCAUCAUCAUCCCAUUAUCUUCUUUUUUCCCUGAAGUUGUGAUUCCAAAGUGGGGGGUGUUCUAUGUCCCGACUCUUAUUACCAUCCUCAAUUCAAUUGGAACUCCAAGGUCAUUGCAUCUAAUUGUCGUCUGGGUAUUUUUUGAAAAUGUCAUGUCCUUGCAUCGAUGCAAAGCUGUUUACAUUGGUCUACUUGAAGCGGGGAGAGUAAAUGAAUGGGUUGUCACAGAGAAACUAGGGAACACAUUGAAGACUAAACAAAUUUCAGUAGUUGAGAAGAAAUUCGCAAGGAAGUUGUGGGAAAGGCUUCUUUUCUUAGAAGUGAGCAUGGGAUUGAUACUCUUGAUAUGUGCAUGUUACAAUUUCUCCUUCAGGAAAGAUCAUCACUUCAUUUUCAUUUUCCCUCAGACUAUUUCCUUCCUUCUGAUGGGUUUUGGAUUUGUUGGCACUUAUAUCCCACAAACCAAGUAGAUAAACCAAGCCAGUAGGUUUGGUUCACUCCUUUACCGUCGCCUCUCUUUCUAUAUAUUCAAAUUCUUUUGCCAUUUAUUUAUGUAACAGUCUUAAGUAUAAGAAGGCCACAGCAGCAUCAUCCUGUACGAAGAGAUUAACCGAUUCCACCUUGAAAAAGCUCACCAGAUAAUAAGCAGGGGGGAUGCAGGAGUUCUGAGAGCAAGAAGCUACAUCUCAUGCAAGUUUAGGCGUUUAUGAUUGAAAGAAUGUAGAAUGUAGCUACAAAGUUAUAAGUGUAAUGGAUUCAUUAAAAUGUAAUGAUAGCCCGUUGUAUUUACUUUUCCUCAAUUCUAUUUUCCCUUUUUGUUUUAAUCACAGGUGAGGAAAAAAAACUCUUCUCUUUAACAGUUUAAGACUGUGAUAACAUGUUAAAAAUUAAUAAUGUUACAGAGAUAAACAGUGAGAAUAUGAAGAAGAAAAAUGCUCUGAGAGCAGAAUUGCAUAGCUUUCAUUCAUUUAAACCUACAUGGUGAAGAAGACCCAAAGUUUAAUUACACUUAUAAGGUCAAAAAGCCUAGUCAUGCUACAUCAAUUGGAAGACUACUAAGACUAGUCAUGCUCCAAUAUCCUUCACAUUUUUGUCCUUCAAGGACAGCUCUUGCCAUCAAGCUCCUAUAGUUUCUAUACCAGCAUUUUAACUCUUAAUUGAACUGAGAAUAGUUUCUACUCUGGUGGUUUGGGAGUAUGGUGAUCAUUGGCACCUGAUCCUGGAUAAU